UCCCUCCCUCUGUCCUCCAGCACCGGCUGCCAUCCUCUGUCCCUCCAUCUCUGCCCGGCUCCCCCACUCACAGCCCGACCCGGACCUCAAUGACCACACCAUGAUGACAGGGAUCGCCGCCGCCUCCUUCUUCUCCAAUGCCUGCCGCUUCGGGGGCUGCGGGCUCCACUUCACCACCCUGGCCGAGCUGAUCGAGCACAUCGAGGACAGCCAUAUCGACACAGAUCCACGUGUCUUGGAGAAGCAGGAACUUCAGCAGCCGACAUAUGUUGCGUUGAGCUACAUCAACAGAUUUAUGACUGAUGCAGCUCGACGAGAACAAGAAACCUUAAAGAAGAAAAUCCAGCCCAAGCUCUCACUGACAUUGUCAAAUUCUGUAUCCCGAGGAAAUGUGUCAACACCCCCACGUCAUGGGAGCGGCAGCCUCACCCCACCAGUCACCCCACCCAUCACUCCAUCUUCAUCAUUCCGAAGCAGCACCCCUACAGGUAGUGAGUAUGACGAGGAAGAAGUGGACUACGAAGACUCAGAUAGCGAUGAAUCCUGGACCACAGAGAGUGCCAUUAGCUCCGAAGCAAUCCUGAGCUCCAUGUGUAUGAAUGGAGGGGAUGAGAAGCCAUUUGCCUGUCCAGUUCCUGGGUGUAAAAAGAGAUAUAAGAAUGUAAAUGGUAUUAAGUACCAUGCCAAGAACGGCCACCGAACACAAAUACGAGUGCGCAAACCCUUCAAAUGCCGCUGCGGGAAGAGUUACAAGACAGCUCAGGGUCUCCGUCACCACACAAUCAAUUUUCAUCCUCCCGUCUCUGCGGAGAUUAUCAGGAAAAUGCAGCAAUAAAGCUGAAGACAUCUGUGCCAAGAAUCCCUCACCAGCAGAUGAGAAGUUCACAAUAGCCACCUUUUCUGUUUUUCUUUGUUUUUCUGCUUUCCAAUGUAUUUCAGGGGAAGAGCUCAAAAGUCCUAUGAAACCUAAGUUUCAGCGCAUGCUUUAAUCAAAGAAUUCCAGUUGUUUGGAGUUGCCUGUCUUGCAAGGUGUACCUAUCUCCGAUACAGAGUAGAGGAAGCAUUGUGUUGCACAAGACCACAUUGAGUCAGUUCACUGGUAACAGGUGACAUUGCUGUGGUCUAAAGCACUAAGUGCCUCAAGCCACAGUGAUAUAGCUUCAUUCCACAGACUCCAGUUCUAGGGGAAUUGACAAGCUUUGUUCUUGGCCAACCUACAAAAUGACUUCUCCUUUUUGUACGGGCAAUAGGUACUUCCUAAGGAAAAUUACCUUUUUGUACUUUGCACACAUAAGUCACAAGACCCAUUUUCAUUAAUUUAAUAAGGUGCUACAGUAAUUAUAUAAAGAAUCAUAUUCUUUUGGGGAAAUGCAUAUGCCCCUCCACCCAGAAUUAAACUCAAUUGGGAUGUA